UGUAACUGUGUAUGAUCAAAAAAAGUUUAGUAUUAUUAAUGUCAAUAUUUAAUUAAUAUCAUAGGAUUAAAAUGGAAGCUAUAUCUGAUGUGUCCAGGGCAUCUCAAAUAAAAAGUUCUGUUCCAAUUCGAAGCCCUUUACCAGACCCCUUCGAUGUGGACAAACUGUUUGGGUUUAAAGACGAAUCACAAGGAAAUAAUCUGGAAGAAGGUGUCAUAGACCUACGAUAUUUCGACCGAAAUAAGAUUUUUAUCAACCAAAUCGAUUCAUUCAUCGGAAAAUAUCUUGUUUCGGUUCUAUCUCGUAAACAGUUGGAAAUCAAUGAAGAUGACAAACAAUUUGGACAGGAAAAUGUUAUUGCCGACGAACCGAAAGAUGCCCCAACUUAUGAGAAUAUAAAACCUAAUAAAAAAGAAAAGACUGCCAGUGCAAUUGAUUCGAAGACAAAGGGUAAACAGGGGUCUCCUGCAAAAUCCAAAGAGGCCGGUGGAAAAAUGAAAUCUGACAAAAAGAAGUCUGUAAGCCCUCCAAAAGAAUCAAUCCUUCCUCUGUCAGAAAACUCUGUGGAUUUGCGGUACAGUGUUUUUGAUGAAAAGAUCGCUUAUGACACAAGCAAGCUUACGAUAGCAGAAUACUUCGAAAUGAUGGACCUAGAAGAUGGUGAACCCAGAGAUGAAUAUUUGAAAGAGAAACUAGAUGAGUUUAAAGUGAUCAUUCCUCCAUUAAAUCAGCAUCGGAAAAAAAUACUCAAGACCAAAGUCUAUAAAAGAACUUAAAAUUGGCGAUUUUGAGUUUAUUGGGACGCUACAAAAU